AUUGUAGCGUUUGAAGGCAGAUGUAAAAUGUAGAGUUAUGGUGGAAGACAAGGAAUCUCCCCCUCCUAUUGAAAAUGAACCAGAGAUAGUUCCCACAAGACAAACCCGCCGGUCCCAGGCAGGUAACCAUAGCAACGGCAACUCCAGCAAUGGAAACAACCCUGCUACUUCCAGCAACGGUGACUUGGUAGGAAGCUGGGAAUGCUCCGUGUGUACUUACAAGAACAUAGAGGAAGAGUUCAAGUGCGCAAUGUGCGAGACGAGGAAAGGGACCAGCACGCGCAAACCCCGUGCCACAUCACAGACUCAAGUAGUGCAAAUACAAGCGCUGGCUGCAGAACUAGUUGCUAAGCAAACCAACGCGUUGCUGCGGAAACAGCGCCGGCGCCACUUGCGCCAACAGAGAAGCGUUAUCGGACAAAGUGCAACCAAUUUCACAAGACCUGGCCGGUUAAAAAACGUCGACCGUUCAAAGGGCACCAAGAUAAAUGUAACGGUAAACAACGUUACGGUGGUAAUCACGGACUUUCCCGAAAUCAAAUCUCCCAAAUCUAGAUCCUCCCCGUGCGAACCUGACAAGUCCUCUGCCGCCUCUUCCACACCCUCUCCCGCCCCUUCCGCCGGCGACAACGAGUGAAGACACAUCACACUAUUAAUUAACUGAUCAAUUAAUUAAUUAAUUAUAUACACGUUAUGCGACCGAUGAUGAUGAUGAUGAUGAUGAAUUCUGUAGAUUUCUCCGCUGCAUAAUAUUUUAAAAUUUUGAGUAUAUGAUAUAAUAUGCAAUUUAUACGUAUUCCAGACCGUGCAUAUUAUAAUAUGUUUUGUAACAUUUUUAUUUCUAUGAUGUUGUGGGCUAUACAUGAAGUGAUAAUAUUGUAGGUUUAUGUUUGUAACACGGUUUUGAGAUUGUGUUGCGCGAGAAAGAGAUCUCUUAGGUAGGUUUAUCUAAGGUAUUUGAUCCAGCGGUAAUAAUACCGUGCAGGUAAAUUUGUAUACUAACACAUUCCAGAUUUGAAAUCCUAUCAUGAUUUUAGUUAAAAAUAAUACCCGGUUAGUUAUCGUGUAAUAACAAUUUAUUUAGUCAACAGGUUGAAACCUUUUGGUUAUUACUCGCCUGCUAUAUUUAACAUUUUCUGUAAAAAAGUGUGAGUACGUAUUAUAAUAUUUAGGCUUGAGUAGUAAGUUAUUCAGUUAAUUCCAGCUUUGCUUUGAUUUUAAUCGUAAAACUGAAAGAUGAUCUUCACCUUAAACUCAACAAUUGUGUCCAUUCUGAAAGAAACUUCUAGUAGUUUUAAGCUAAGUGCUAAUUGUGCUAAUUAGUACCUACUAAUUAAGUGCUAAUUGUGAUGAACACAGCCUGGCCUGGGUCCGAGUUUAUAUAAUUCUAUAAAGUUUGGUCGCUGUGUUA